CCUGACAGCACCUUGAUACGCCACAAUGGCCGAGACUGACGCCGCAGGCACUUCCUACGAAGAGGAGCACGUCCAUGAAGUGUACGAACAGAUUGCAUCGCACUUCUCGUCCACGCGCUACAAGCCAUGGCCGAUAGUCGAACGCUUCUUGAAGGACCAACCUGAUGGCGCUAUCGGCGCUGAUGUAGGGUGCGGAAAUGGGAAGUACUUGGCUGUCAAUAAGCAAGUCUUCAUUGUGGGCUCUGAUCGAUCCACAAACCUCGUCAAGUUUGGUCAACAGCAUAAGCCACAUGAUGUUGUUGUAGCAGACAAUCUCUCCCUUCCCCAUCCACCACACAGCUUCGACUUUGCCAUUUCCAUAGCUGUCGUUCACCACCUCUCCACGCCAGCACGGCGUGUGGAAGCUGUCAAGUGCAUUUUAGAUCUUCUGCGCCCGUCGCAGCAAAGCUCGGAUCAGUGUGGAGGUCAAGCGCUCAUCUACGUCUGGGCGCUGGAGCAGAAGAGCAGUCGACGAGGGUGGGAUGAGGGUGGCGAACAGGACAUUAUGGUACCGUGGGUCAUGACGGCCAAGAAGGAGAAAGUGCCGAAACAGAAAAAGCAGAAAAAGAGGGGCGAAGAACGCACGGCACCUGAUGGCGGUGAAGAGAAACAGGGCGAAGAGCAGAAUGAGCAGAAGCCUAAGACUCAGGAUUCGAAGCCAGAGGGUGAUAAGACUUUUCUACGAUACUAUCAUUUGUACAGAAAGGGGGAGCUUGAAGGCGAUAUAGAUCAGGCAGGGGGGCGGGUCAUUGAAAGUGGGUAUGAGAAGGACAACUGGUGGGCGAUAGCAAGUCUCAAAUAAGUGCAAGUCUUGGUCAGAUACCAGAACUAUAGUGUAACAUCCUA